AUGCAAAAGACAACCGAUCACAUGGCAAUCAUCAAGAACGGAAACAAGCCCAAUUCCAUUCCACACGAAAGAGACACCAUGACGCAAGAACACUCUGCCACAACCAUGGCUGACGAAGCCAAGCAGACGGAACGCCCAUCGCAGCCUGUUCCCAACAGUCCUGUCAAGCCCGACUCUAUUCAAAUUCGCAGCAAACCCGAUGAAUCCAGCGACAAGACAUCCUCAUCGGAAGCCUCUACCAACCGCCGCCUUCCUUUCGGAUGGGACCCCGCGUGUAUUUCUCCUCACCCCAAGCGAGGACCGAGGCGUACUUAUCAUUCGGGGGCACUCGCGUAUUACAAUCCCAACCCCGCGUUUUGCAAAGACGGCCGUAUACCUUCAAGAUUCGGCCGUGUAUCUCCUCCACCCGAAGCUCCACAUCAACAUGAACUCGACCCUCAUAACCAGUGGCCUAUGACACAACUCGACCCUGACAAGUACCCUGGGACGGGGAUGACAUAUGUGCAUUUCCAGCCAGCGGGGAAUAGUCCAUAUGAGCCUAGACCGAUUAACAUUGCGCCUGCGAAUCGUCCUUGCGUACAUGUAUACGGCGUACCUGAUCUGGGUUAUGGUAUCUUCGAACACAGCGUACGUGCCUUGAAGGCGGGGGAAGAAGUGCCGUGGGUGCAUGGGUAUCCUAUGCCUAGAAUGUUCCCGCCCCCGAGUGGUAACGACGGCGGACCUUCAAAGAAGGCGGAGGAAAAAGCCGAGGAUUCUUCGCGAAAGGGGAAGUCUGUUCGAUUUGCCGGAGAAACAGAAAACACGAAGGCUUCAGCAGAGAAGAAGGGGGAGGACAACACAGAAAAGGAGAAGAAGAAGUCCGCCAUUGCUUCUUCUGCAAAGGAGUGGGAAAAGACCUCCUUGACCUUUACCCCCCAAGGCCACUUCUCGAGGGAACAGGAGGAGAAGGAGGAGAAAGAGAAGAAGAUGGAAAAGUAA